GAUAUGAAGCAUUUCAACGAAGAGGAAUGUAGUUCAUGGGAAGGUUGUGAAGAAGAAAGAGUUCCAUUCUGUCCAAAUCAUGAAGAUCAUUUUCGCAAUAUUGCUAGUCUUUGGAUUAGCGAUUGGUCCUGCUGUAUCACAGAACGCCGUUCUAGGCCAAUUUCCCAGUCAUGCAGGCUUGGUGUUCCUUGGAAGAUUCUGUGAUGCAACAGUUUUGAACAAUAGGCAUGUCCUAACAGCUGCUACUUGUGGCCUAUCAGAAACCAAUGAGCGCUUAGCUGUUGGAGUGUAUUCACUCUUUGUCGGAGUCAUUAAUAUCCCUGCAGGAACUGCAGGAUCUAUUGGAAUUAGUCAGUUUUAUAUACAUGAAGAGUACAAUCCUUUCUACGAGCAUUGGAACAACAUUGCAGUAUUUAGAACAGCUGCAGAUAUACCAAUUAAUUCAGUUCCUCCAGCAGCAAUUAUUGAACCAGUGGAAAUUUACGACAGAAUAGUUUACGAUGGGUUAAAUUGUGUUCUUGUGGGAUGGAAUUCUGCUCCAUUACACCAGACAACACCACUUCAGCAUCAAGUUCAACCUAUUUUCAGCCGAAGUCAAUGCAAUGCACUGGCAGCAGUUUCGGGAAGUUUAUUGGAUUCUAUGGUGUGUGCUGGAACAUUAACAACCAAUCCUAUGCAAUGUCCGAACAACCCCGGAGGAGCUCUUUAUUGCCGUGGUGCCCUGUUUGCCAUUAUGUCCCACAAUCGCAUUUGUGGUCAACCUAAUGCUCCUGGCGUCUACACACAACUGAGAUUCUUUGAGGAUUGGAUUGCCCGGCAGUUGAACCGAACAGAUACUCCUCCAGCUGGUCCAACUCAUGCACCAGGUCAUCCUGCUCCACCAGUAGGUGAUACUGGUAGUGCCCUAAUGUCGUCUCUUUUCAUUCUGGUUUCGCUUCUGGCACUGAGGUUCCUUGUUUAGGAAGGAAACGAAACUUAAAAAAAAAACACCAAAAUGUCUUUAAUAAUUUAUUAUGAUAAAGUUUCAAUAAAUCUUUCAUACAAGGUCUAUUUCAGAUGGAUAAA